GCGAGGCGGGCGGGAGGAACAUCAGUGAGGGGAGGGCUCGCUCCAUCUCCUCGCGCCCACCGAAUCCACUUCUCACAGAGCGCGGGCUCCUGGCGGGAAGGCACAAGAGAGCAGAGAGAGAGAGAGAGAGAGAGAGAGAGAGAGGGGGAGGGAGGGAGGGAGUGUGUGUGCGCGUCUGAGUGCGUGCGUGGAUUGCACCACCGCAUCCCCGUUUUCACCGUUUCUGCAGGCGUCCAUGCUCCGGUGGAGAGGAUGAGCGCGGAGAGCUUCUCCUUCCGCCCCGGUGUCUGCAGCGCCCCGUCAGUCCAGAUGUGACCGUUUUUGUGACGCCGUUCCCCUCGGAGACACCGUGACACCAUGGCUUUGGUUAUGGAACCUAUAAGUAAAUGGACACCGAAGCAGGUGCUGGACUGGAUGAAAGGUCUGGACGACUGUCUCCAGCAGUACAUCAAGAGUUUUGAGCGGGAGCAAAUGGGAGGAGAGCAGCUGCUACACAUCACCCAUCAGGAGCUGGAGGAGCUCGGUGUCACCAGAAUAGGGCAUCAGGAGCUCAUCCUGGAAGCUGUCGAUCUUCUGUGUGCCCUGAAUUAUGGCCUUGAGACAGAGAAUCUCCGAACUCUGUCCCACAAGCUGAACGCUUCAGCCAAGAACCUCCAGAACUUUAUUUUGGGCCGACGGCGGGGCGGCCACUACGAUGGACGCGCCUCCAGACGGCUGCCGAACGACUUCCUCACAUCGGUGGUGGAUUUAAUCGGUGCAGCCAAGAACCUGCUGGCCUGGCUUGACAGGUCUCCAUUUGCGAGUGUGACAGAGUAUUCGUUGCUGAAGAACAACAUCGUGCAGCUCUGCUUAGAAUUGACCACCAUUGUCCAACAGGACUGCACUGUGUACGAGACGGAGAACAAGAUCCUUCAUGUGUGUAAGACCUUGGCAGGGAUAUGCGAUCACAUCAUCUCUCUGUCGUCAGACUCUCUGGUCUCACAGUCGGCACAUUUGGAGGUGGUCCACCUUACCAGCAUCAUGCCCAAUGAGGGACUGGGGAUGUACAUCAAAUCGACUUACGAUGGACUUCAUGUCAUCACAGGAACCACAGAGAAUUCUCCGGCAGACCAGUGUAAGAAGAUCCAUGCGGGGGAUGAAGUGAUCCAAGUCAACCACCAGACUGUGGUGGGAUGGCAGCUGAAGAACUUAGUGAACGCUCUCAGAGAAGACCCAUGCGGAGUCAUCCUCACGCUGAAGAAAAGACCUCAGAACACUCUGAGCUCCACACCAGCUCUGCUGAGGAACGUGCGCUGGAAACCGUUGGGCCUACAGCCGGUUCCCACCAGCCCCACCAGUUCUUCCCCCACACCCGGAGGAACACUGGGCAUGUCCAAAAUGGACGCCCCGAGCAUGCAGGACGUCUACAUCCUCUCUCCCGUCUCUGGACUCUACAGCACCAGGGAGGAGAUGGGUCUAAUGUCAUGUGACGAUAUCAGUCGCUACAGCAUGAGCUCCCAAUCCGGCUCCAAGGGUUCAGAGGCCGUCAGCUAUUUUCUGGAUCAGGACAGCGGUCAGUACUUCUCAUUGCUGGAAGGAGACGGACCUCCGGGGCCGGACUACGACCGAGGCCGCAAUACAGGCGUGCGGCGGCGAGACAAGACCCCGACGCACGGUGACCUAAGACCAGUUUCCAUGCCUCCUGAAUAUAAUUGGAUGGGAGAGGCGAAGGAACCCAGCAUGGGCAAAAGAGGGAGCAGAGACUCAGACAACUCCCUGCUGCGCUACCUUAGCGACGACAAGAUCCUGGUUAUCGAGGAGGAGCCCGAGGGUCCCAGCAGGGAGAGCCGGCGGGACUCCACCAGGCGCUCGCGCCGCAAGAGCCGCAAUCCCAGCAGCCCCAGCUUUCCCAUCAGCCCUUCCAUGCUGUCCUCUACUCUCCGACUUGACCAGCCGCCAGAGCCUCUGCCUCGAGGGGCGGACACAUUGCGAGCCGACACAACAGACCGAUACUCGGGUUCAGGAAGCUCAGGGGGUGCAUCCAUGAGAAAGUCUUUCCAUUACACAUCUUUAAGAACAAAAACCAAAAGGAGAAGUAAAGGCUCCCUCACUAGUGCCAGUCGACGGAGAAUCUCCUGUAAGGACCUCGGCCACGGCGACUGUGAAGGCUGGCUGUGGAAGAAAAAGGACGCAAAAGGAUAUUUCACCCAAAAAUGGAGGAAGUAUUGGUUUGUCCUCAAGGAGUCUUGCCUUUACUGGUACACCAACCAAAAUGAUGAGAAGGCCGAGGGCUUCAUCAGCCUCCCCGAGUUUAGAAUAGACCGAGCCAUCGAGUGCAGACGGAAAUUCGCUUUCAAAGCCUGUCACCCCAAAAUCAAGAGCUUCUUCUUCGCCACCGACUGCCUGGAGGAAAUGAACAGGUGGAUGAACCGACUGGGACUAGCCGCCAUCGGGUACACCCCAGAUGACAAAGUGCCACGCCCCGAUGAAGACUACUGGAGUGAGAGCGAUCAAGACGAGGUUGACGGUUCCAUGACGCUCAAACAGGAGGGUCCUUCCUCCCUGUGUGACACCUAUCACCGCACGCCAUCAAUAAGCCUUCUCCACAGCUAUGAUCAGCUUCCCCGCUCCGUCAGUUCCAUGAGCCUCAUGCGCUCCACUCCAUCCCCACUUCCUCCACCAAAGAGUGCCUCCACCUCCCCUAUUCCUCCACAGAUGGUCUCUUCCACCUCCCCUCUCCCUUCUCAGGUCAACUCAUCCAGCCCCUUCCCAGAGCCCAAGCACGGUCGCCACUUCUCCAGCGAGUCCACGCACUCCCACUCCUCAGCAGAGGACCAGCGUGGGGACGGCAUGGGCAUGGGGACGGGCACGGGCAGCACCAGCACCCACUCAUCGGGGUGCCGCUCCUCCCACCGAGAGCGCCGCUCCUGGCAAGACCUCAUCGAGACGCCGCUGACCAGCGCGGGGCUGCACUUCCUGCAGACGGCGCCGGGCGAGAGCGACUACGGCGGCAUCAUGGGGGGCAUGGGCGGAGAGAUGGGGUUUUACGGAGGACUCGGGAGGCAAGGAAUGUCCCCGGAGAGGCGCAGGCAGGCCACGCUGCCCGUACGGAGACACCACGCAGCCGAGAGGGACCGGGAGCGGGACGGGCCCUUCCCUCUGGAGCGGGGCCCCUAUGCACACAGCCACACACACCGACGCUCCCACAAGCAGCGGAGCCAGAGUCUUCCCCGGAACAGAGACCCUAUGCCAGGAAAACUGCUCCACAAUGCAAUUCACAUGGAAGACAGGAGUGAGGAUGAGGAGGAGGAGGCGGCAGACAUGCUAGAGGGUCAGGAUGACUUGCAGGAGUUGAGAGUGGACAGCAGAGAGAGGAGGGUGUCUGAAGGAAGGGAACGGCGAGUGUCAGAGGGCAGAGAGCCCGAAGGGCUGGAUGGACUAGAACAGCUUUAUCGAGCUCUAGAGCAAGCCAACGUGACGGCCCUGGGCGACCCCAAACCCUGCAGCAGACAGGAGCUUCGGCGCUGUUUUACCCAGAGAGCCAGAGACCCUCUGCUCAAUGACCGGCUCCACCGGAUCCGAGCCCUCCGCAGCACCUUGAAGGCCAAAGAGUCGGAGCUGGCUGUGAUCUGUGCCCUCCUGGAGGACCCCGGCUUGUGUUCGCAGACCUUCAGAGAGUGGAAGCAGUGGCACAGCGAGCUGUACUCAGACAUCUGCCAGCUCAGCCCCGGCACCAACGGCCAGGACGAGCUCUCCCCGCUGGCGGCGCCGCUCAUGACCCAUACCCACUCCUUCAUUGAAACACACGUGUGAUGGGAAGGAUGGGAAGCAAAGACAUACGGAAACAACACAACACUCCAGAGCUUUAUGAUACCCCCAACUCUGAGCCCGCACCGACACACAAACACACACAGAAACACGUGUAAGAUGUGUAAAUAUCAUAGAGGGAACAGUAUGACACCUGCGUGUAUGAACUUUUGAUAAUCCCGAGGACCCCGGAGGGUGUUGGUUGCAUGCCUGAACAGAAAGCAUUAAUCUUCCUUUGUCUAUGGAACAUGACGUUCACAUGCUUGUUGAGCAAAACAAGAAAAAGAGGAGACUUUAUAAAGAUCUUAUUUUUCGUUUAACUUUCCUAGUUUGGCUAUUUUUAUUUUACGGGGGCAGGGGGAGCUAUGUAGCAGCAAUACAGAGAAGAAUCCUUUUCACCAUAACACUGUACUUUUGUACCAAUGAACUUUGCACCCAGAGCCACCAGUUCUCCCCCUCUCUCCCAAGUCUUUUUCUGUUUCUCUGUCAUUGCAUAUCUCGUUGAUUUUCAAGGACCUUACUGUUAAUCCAGGCCGAUCUGUGAAGGGCAGUGAAAGACUGUGACAAGUAGCAAUCAGUGCUUCAGGAACCAUAGAAGAAAAAAAGAAAAAAAAAAACCUACUGUUUUAAACUGUGAAGUGCUCAGAUUCCCAUGUCUUGUGUGCAGGUAUGGGGGCUCCUCUCUUAUGCUGCGUUCACACCGGUUUUGGCAACACGCGUUUAAGUAUAAAAAGUCUAUGUAAAUGUGCGUAUAUGUGUGUGUUCAAAACUCUCACGUUAACACGUCACUACGAACAUUCUUUAGUUAAUUUUCCGACUAUCUAAAAAAAAAAAACAAGCAAUGAAAACAAAACCAGUUGAACUUUGACCAAUUUGAUAGUGACGUGGGGAUAGUGCCUUUUAAUUCACCGAAGUCCCACCCGCUUGAAAAUCGAUCAUGAAGGAGAAAUUACUGAUUGCUGUUUGUGCCCAGCCUGAGUUCUAUGACACAAGUCAAAGCUGUGAAAGAAAAAGAUUCUCAAACUUUGCAUCAUUUCGCACCAAGCCUCUUCCAACUGUGAAUACAUGUUUAGUUGAGAGGAAGAGGCUGAAGCGUUUGGAUCCUUGUGCAAACGGGUAUUUAACGUCGAGAUAAACAGACAAGGAGCAGUUUGAAAAAAACAAGGAAGUGAGGCAGGCAGGAGUGAGGACAUGCAGGGGUCAAAACCACUUAGAAAUAGGCAUAGAAGAAUGCUCGGACUGUCAGCAAUGCUUAACAAGACUUUGCACUGAACAGAGACUAGAGAGCAGAAUAUAUGCUGGAUGAAUGAUGAAUGAUUGAAGACAGCUGGUGAAGACUUGCAACAUGAGGUGGUGCAUGCUGGGAGAUGUAGUGAGAAGGCAGUGGAAACAGUCAAUAUUCUGGCGAUAGCUCCCUCCUGUGGUCGGAGGUGACAUUGGCUGGUGGAUCCCUGAUAAUGGGUGGCAACAGUCCAGUGUAAACACCGUAUGCUAAAACACAUUCAAGAAUGUCUGUUUAACGUAUUUAUACACUAAAAGGGUAUUCUUGAACGCCCUUUUACAGAGACUUUUCAUUGGAAGUUGCUGCCUAAUCGCGGUUGCUAAGACUGAGAAUGCAGCAUUAUUCUAUGCACUCAUUCGAGAACAGGCUAUAUGCGGUUUUACACUGGACAAGCAGGGAGUGGCAAAGGUGGGCUUCUCCUUGUUUUGGUUUUCUUCAGUUUUCUAGCGCAUGUUCACCACCAACAGUUGGAAGAAGCUUGAAUGCGCCACACAUGCCUGGUGUUUACGUAGCAUAGUGCUAUAUUCACACCAAUCUUGGCAAUGAGGGGUUCAAGACUCUCCGUUUAGUGCAUUCUUGAAAGAGCAUCACAUGCCUGGCUACACUGGACACAUGGUGUGCGUUCAAGGACACGUCAAGUGAGACAUUCUUGAAUGCGUUUCUAGCAUAUGGUGUUCACACUGGACUGUUGCUAUAUCCUGAUACUAUAGCAAGUACUUACUGUUGGAAAAGGCUUAGUGUAAAAUAUUGCAAAUCUUGCUUCACACUUUUUCUUUCAAAGAUCUAAAACAAACCGCAAUUAUUAAUUUAUCCUCCAUGAUACCUUUUCAACUGGUUGGCACCUUGGAUUUGAAAAGGACCCUACUCAUAUGUCAUUACCAUAGACAUAUACUAAUCACUGGACAGAGCAAGGGGUUGACGUCACCCCUGGUAAAUGUCUUACCUCGGGCACUCGCGAAAUCAGGCGAGGUCACCGUGGCUUCUUGAUACUGUUGCCGCCAUUUUUAAACCCAUCCACAGUGAUUGGUUCGAGUCGAACUGAGUCACGUUUUCAGAGGAACUACUGUCGCCAAUUAUAAGUAAGCUUGUUCAAAGUCCACACCCCUUCCACUGAAAGUGGAAUCUGUCAAUCCAACGUUCGAGGUGGGGGCCAGGAGUCUCCACAUGCUUUUACUGAAACAUCUGAUUUAAGAAUAACUUGCGAUAAAUACAAUGGACUUUGUAAGAAGAUCUUAAGAAGAAAGUAUCAGAGCAAAAAUGGUUGUUCUGACAAAUAAAAUGACUGAAAAAUAACCUAAUAAGACUAUGGGAUUUUGACCUUCUUGGAACCAGCGGGAAGUUCCUAUUUGAAACCUUAUCCAGCUCCUUGAUUGGUCAAAUUCCAGCUGUUUAGUAUUCAAGCAGACAAAAGUUCAACAGAUGAAAUGAAUGUCCGGAUUCUACUUAAAAAGUUACGUGGUGACACAUGAAUGCGGAAGCCCAAAUAGCACAUUUAAGGCCAUUUAUAUAGACUUUUCAUUGAAAGUGGUCGUUUAAAUGCACAUUGCCAGGGCCGGUGUGCACCUAGCUUUACAGUGCACUUCUGCAUUUCUUGUUUCAUUCAUCCCUCUCUUCCUCGCAUCCUUCCCCUUUUUUUCCCUCAGCCCUUCUAGUCUUCACAGACUUGUUCAUAUGUGCAUACUGCUGUGUAUAGGAUGUAAAUGUUUGCGUUCCACUACCACUGUGAUAUGCUUGUAGAGGUAGCGGAGGGAAAAAACGGAGAGUUUGCAAGACGAUUCCUUCUUUUAUUUUGUUUGUUUGUGUUGUUCCUUAAACAGCGAAUGCAAAGGAGUCACUCACUACAAAGAAUGCACUUUCUAUAUAUCUCACUGGCUGCAUCACAGGGUCUAUGUCUCAUCAGCCUCGAUACCAUUGCUGUUAAAUAUCAGGUAAAUGCAUUUGCCGUCUCAUUUUCUAAAGAUUUGUGUACAGCCUACAAAUAUAUUUAAACAUAGGAGAAUAUAUGAAAUCUAUUUACGUUUUUGUGUCAUAGAUAUAAUGUAAAGUAUGAUGUAUUCUAUGCCAAGGUUUUGCAGUGUCCCCCUCUUCACUCUGUAGAUGCAGGAUGCUCAGCAGUUGAGCAACUAGGAGGCGAGCGACAACCAUCACUGACAGCUGAUUGACAGUUUUUACUGGUUUGUGCCACGGCUGAGGCGUCUCCUGGUUUGCAUGAAGAAAGACCCCGAACUGGUUUUUCUAAAUGGGUGAAAUACUGUGGAUUUUUAUCUUUCUUUUAAUCAUAAAUGUGUGCCAGAUAAUCAGACUCGUAGCGCACCAUUCAUGCAGAAGUACUGUUGAAGAAUUCUUUUUGUUUGUGCUCACACGGGUUUUUUUCUUUUCCAGAACGACACACACUGUACAACAGCUGAGGUUUGUCACUCAGUUUCUCGAACUGAUCCAGAUCCUUCGUUAGCAUCCGCAUAGGACCGUUUCUGUUUGUGAGGAAAAUAGCUGCAGACACGUGACGGCAGUGAAAGCUAUUGUGACAUUUCCUCCCAGCAUGUAGUUACUGCUGGGUGGCUGACGACCUGCUAAAGGGUCUGUAGUGUCUGUGAAAGCCAGAUGAAUCAUUUCGUCUGCAAUACCAGGCCAAGGACUCAACGGUGCCACCUAGUGUCUAAGACUGAGAGACAUGUAGCACCUGCUGCACCACAUUGUACUGGUUUCUUCAUAUUUUACUGUAGUUUUGUGCACCUUUUUCUUUUAAUUGUCACACUAAAACUAAAAAAGCCCACAGAGAUCAUGUGUUGUGAAUGGUUUGUUUGUUUGCUUGAGAGUACCACAAAGAAACUAAACGAUGCAAGCACUUUCCCUGUGCCUCCCAACCUUCUCUUUUCUGGCUUUCCUACAACCAACACUCAAAGAGUUCCAGUCUGCAGUUCUUUUUCAUCUGUAGUGUUGGUCUUCUACUCUCCAGCAGCUGCUCUGCUGAGCAAGCCACAUACUGUAGACUCAAGACUUUGGAGAGUUUUCAUUUCCAGACACCGGCUGUGUUAAUCCCUCCCAGAUCUUUGCGUGCAUACAGACCUGCAGAAACAGGCCGAAAAGGGAGAUCCCACUGUGUGUUCUUUCAGGGGUGUACACCUCAUGGUACAUUGCACAGGUGUGUAAGAUGUAAGUUGCACUGCGACAUAAAAAAAAGGAACAUAUUGCUCUUUUUUAACGAUUAUAUUAGCUUACUGUUACUCUGUAAAUUAACUGACUUAAGAUGAAAUUAAAAAAAAGAAAAGAAAAUGACAUUUAUUCUUCCUAAAGUAGCCUUUUAUGGUUUCAUAUAUAUGAAUAUAUAUUACAAAAAAAAUACAGAUUGUAAACCUAAGUUGUUAAAAAUUGACUUCAAUAAACGGAAUCCUCUGCACUACGA